AAAACGGAAAUACAGGAUUAAAAAAUUUUAAACGUUUCAACCAAUGCUUAAUCUACUAUACAAAAGUUUCGUGUCAAAAUAAAAUUUUGCCUAUAGAUCUCAAGGGUAUUAUACCUUCCAACUAGUGAAAGUGACAAAAUAAAGUUUCAUUUAAUAAAAAAUGUAUUCUUGGGAAGGACAUUGUUUUGUACCUACAUUGCAAAUAAAACCAUCUGUUUAUGGUUAACUCAUAUGAAAGUAAUUUAACCGUUGUUUAAUUACACUUUGUAGGCACGAAAUAAACUGUCAUUUUCAUCAGUGUGUAAAAACAUAGAAUCGUUAAGAAUGUUAGAUAUUGAAUCCCGUCGAAAAUUUGCAUGGAGUUUCAUGGAAAAACUGUGAGUCAGAAUCUAGAGUUACUGGGCGACUAUUCCUUACGAAGAAUUGAAUACGUGUUUGAGUUAUCACAAAGAAAGUCAAAAGCGUCAUAUUGGCUAUGGUGGACUAAAAAUAUAUAAUUUAUAUAUUUUUCAAACGAAAAUAGUUAAAUGUAAACUUAAAAAAAUUUUAUAGAUUAAACUAUAAACUGAACUGACGGACCUUCACCAUUUAAAAAGUGCUUUUAAUAAAUUAAAUGGUUAGUCUUAGUGGCAUAUCUCGUUCGUUUAAUUUAUAGGUUUACUUUUUCUGUACUGAAUGCUAAAUUGGUCGACAAGUCACGAUGUGUUAACAUUGAAAAACUCAAGUUUGAAUUUUAAUUAAUUUUUGUAGGUUUUUUUUUUAAUCCUUUGAAUACCUAGAAAAAGUUCACCAAGGAUAUUUAAACUGACCCUGACUAGCCAGCAACAGGCUCAUAACAAUCGCCUGAGAAUAAUUGGCACUGAAACUGCAUGAUUACCUUCUAUGGAGGUUGAAUUAUUGUCCUUCGGAUUUUCAUUUUAAAAUUUAAAAAACGGCAUGAAAUCAUUUCCAUUUAUAGGUAUACAAUUUAUUGACAAAAAACAUCGACUUAUAAAAGGAUAAGAAAAUAUCAAAACUUAAAGCAAGGACAUCUCUACUAAAUGCAAUCGCCUUAUGCAUCUAAUUUAUUUUUAAUUAUCUCCUAAGACGAAAGAAUUCGUCAUAAAAAAAUAAAUUAGCUCAACCAAUUUAUAUAUAUUUUAACUAAUCUAAUCGGAUCGUACACGCAGCUUCCAUUUUCUUUUGUUGUUAAACGGCGGCGACGACCGACAACGACGACGCUAUGUCGUUCGAUAUGUAUGUAGUGAUGAUGAUGAACAUUGUGACCUCGUAUUUUGUGCAAACGACACUCCACCCCAAAGCCAUCAUUUUAAUUCGACUAUGGCUCGAGUUCCAUCCAUCUUUAUGUCAAUCUGUUUAUUAGUCUCCCGGUACUAAAAAAAAAAAAAAACAGCGCAAAAGAAUAUAAAGGACGACAGUAAAAUGGAUUACAUUUCUGUAUUGAUUUCCCUUUCCUAUUAUAGCUCUAGUCGUUGUCGUAACUGUAACUGAUGAAAAGGAGUGUAUAGCGGUAAAUAUUUUCUUGUAGCGAACACGUGCUCCCUUUCACAUUCAAGUCCUGCCUGACAUUAUAACCUAAAGAUCGAUAAAUCCAGUGUGUUGUGGUGUACUUGGCCUUAUAUUGAUGAAACAGCAGAAAAACUCCAGUGGUUCUUUAUACAUCAUGACAAGACACAUAAAUAUAGGUAAACUGUGUACUAUAUGCCGAGCAUCCCCUAUAUUAUCAUUUAUAGUUCAAAACCUAAACUGUAGCUAUCCCUCUACUAUAUAAGAGGUAGUAGUGUAUUUCGUUCCGUAAUACUUAGUCCAGAUAGUGAUCAUCAAAAGUGGUCUCAGCAAGGUUACCAUAUCGAGUCAAAAUAUAGCUGCAUCUUGGUGCAUGUUUUCAUUGGCAAAAUUGAUUUCUGACCUUAUUUAGUGAUGGUAUUCUUUAUAUUCCUUUGUAUUAGGUUGUAUUAGGUAAAUGCGACUAAUGAAGGGGAUAGGUAGAUUUUUUUUCUUUUUUGAAGACACUCCAUUGCGAACGGAACCGGAAGGUUUCAUGAGAAUUGAGAAUAUACAUCUGUUAGUUGUAAAUUGUCGCGCUGUUAUGGAGGAUAGUAGAUACACAACGUUGAAACAGACGUUAAUUGAUGUUUAUUUGAAGAAGUGUGUUGUUGUAGCAAUACUCUUAGCACUAUUAUGUGCAUAUUCGCUAUGGAAGAAGCGAAGAACGCUCUGUGGAUGGGGUUUUACAGACCACCACGUACAAUCAGAAGGUGAUUCAGCUGGCUCGUGCUAUGCUCCACCCCAGUACAGCCGAUGCAGUUCUUUUCACCACCCUCCACCCCCUUACACAGAGGUGACAUCAAAGCCUGACCUCUAUCCAUUAGUUUUUACCUGCAACAGUGAUAAUGGCAAAAAUGGUGCUAGCUAUCUUAUGGUACAAUAUUUUAGAAACUACAUAGUAAGACCAGCUGGUUCACUUUCCGGGACAAGUACCGUAGACUCACUAAGUUCCAGUUUCAUUUGCAAUGCAAACGAAGCCAAUACCCUAGUACCACCGCCAUAUUCCCGUGCUGCCAGCCCUGAGAUCGGUAUAAGCUCGCACUUCCAGCAGCACUUUAUGAUCCCUCGGUCAGCUUCACAGGUAGUUUGUUCCACUGAGAAUGCUAGUCAUCAGCUUCGUUGUUUGCAACAAAGUGCAGGCACCCCAACUUGCCAAAAUGGUCAGCAAAUUAUGGAAUCGGCUAUCGAUGGAAAUGGCGUUACGGUACACCAUCACUUACAACAGUCCAAUCAAAUGCGCUCUUCGGAAAGCGUUAACUUCCGGCACACUAACUCCCAUGCAGAUCGACCAAAUAGCAUUGGGGGUUGUGGUACCGGCGGCGGUAAUAAUGGUGGUGAUGGCACUCCAGGUGGGGGAGGUGGAGGUGGAUUUAUAACCUCCCAGAGUGAUCAACACUUCCAUUACAUUACGAAUAGUAACAGUAGCUUAAGCGAUAUAUUUGUGAAUAAUAGCUGUAGCGCUGGCAUCGGCGGCCGAACACCCGACGUUGGCAAUAGUUUUGCUACAACUCCUUCACAACAGCAACUACAACACCAAGCACAAACAACAACGACGAUCAAUCAAAGUUCCAGUCCAACUCCACUUCAUAGGGCCAGCACAAAUCCCAAUCAAUUUGUAGAGCACAGCAGUCCCAUAUACAAUUCCUGUGGUUCAAUAGGUGGAAUCUCAAUUACAGUUCCUGUUGCUCGAGAUGGCGAACGUGAAUACCGUGAUCUCAAUAUGUUACGUCGCAGUCUUGAAACCUGCUGUCAAAUUCUACAAAAACAACAGCAGAUGCCUUCGGUGGCAAAUUUCAAUAAUGCCGAAUCCCCGGUAGCCAUUGAAUUGGCCAAAAAAUUCGAGGACGGAUUGCGGAGUUAUGUUACCUCGACAACGUGCUCGGCUGUGAGUAGUUUAGCUAAUAUUGGAACACCAACGUCCCCACCCCAAGCCACGAGUCCAACCGAUGAAGUUAAAGAGAUUCUCGAUCAGAUUCGUCAAUUACAAAUGGGUGCUAGUUUAGAUGAAAAUGCCUUAACAAUUCACAUUCCACAUGCUGGAGGCGCAGCAGGUGCGCCUCAGCAGCCGCCACAACAACAGCUUGUUGCCGACUAUUGUGGUGCUUCUUCGUCUUUGUCAUCAUCCGGCGCAUCACAGGUUACUUCUUAUCCAAUCUCAAAACGUCCAUCGACGCUGCAGCAGAGUAGGAAGAAAUUCUUUUCUUCGAAGCCGAACAAAGCAAUGUACAUCCCAAUGAUGUCAAGUAGUGGUUCGAAUGGCCGAUGUUCGAUGAAGAGUCCAGUUAGUGGGACAAGUUUCCUAAGUCGUGGGCGUGGUCGUAAGGGGUGGAUAUCUCGAUCUGCCCCAACCACACCUGGCACCGGAUUGCCACCAAAUCGUUUGGGUGAUGACAGUCCACUAUUGAAUGAGCACGAUGAAGACCAAGAAGGUGAACAAAAUGUUUAAGAGAGAGUAGGAUAUUAUUUUUGCUAAGAAAUAAAAAAAAUAAGAAACAAAAACCAAAGAAAAAAACAAAAAAAAAAAAUAAAUAAAACGUUGUAAACUUAAGCGCAAAAUAUAGUUUUGUAAUAGAAUCUAGAGCUUUUAGAGCAGAACGUGACGAAGCGAAUAUAGAAUAGUAAUAAUAACUAUAUUUAUUGUAUUAUAUUAAAACAACAACAAAACAAAAAAUAAAACAUAAAAUUAGAGCUAGUUUAAACACUCGCGAUAUCUUAAUUCAAAACUAACGAACACACUCCCCAUAAAAAAUAAACUUAAAAAUAAAAUUUUAAAUAAAUAAAAGUUAAUGUAAAUAGAAAAAUGUCAGAGGCGUUAGUUUUUAAAAUUUACUUUUAAAUAAUCAAUACAUAAAAACAAUUUUAAAUAAAUUGGCUUCCGAUUUUCUAAGUUAAAAACAAAUUUUUUUAACUAAUAAUUUUUAUUAGUUUAAAACAAACACAUAAAAUUAAUAAAUUUUUUUAAGUUAAGCUUCUUAAAUUCAUUUUUUUUAUAUUUUUAUAUAAACACGCCUAGCAACUGAUGAUUAGUUUUUAAAAUUGGUACUUACAAUCAAUUUCUUAAGUAGAAAAAGACAAAAUUAGAUUAGAUAAAAACAAAGCCUAAAAAAAAAUUUAGUGCCAUUCUCAAAUUAUUACAAGCCAUGGGUUAGUUAUUGUUUUUUUUUUUUCGUUGCUCAAAAAUGUUCAUCGGGUUUAAAAAUAAACACCAAUUUUUGAACAACUUUACGAUAAAGACCCUAAGUUAAAACAGCCCUGAAUUCCUUAUAAAAGGCACUUUUUUAUCUUAAAAAUAAAAUCCUGAAAAGUAAAGUUAAACAUAAAUUUUUUUCUAAGUGCACGUUUAAAUGAAAAAAAAAAAUAAGAACAUUUAAUUUUUUUUUUUUUGCAAUAAUCUUAACAAAGGUGUUGUUGAUCUUGAAAAUCAAGAAUUGUUAAAUUUUCGAUGUCGAUACUUUUCAUAAAACCUUACCUAGAAAAAAAUUUGAAGUGUUUAUUUUCCUACAAACGUGAAAUUAUAAAAAAAAAUAUGAAUUAAAAAACAAUUGGUUUAAAGUUAAAAAAGUGCUUGCGUGAAGCAUUCAGAAACUAAAAAAAAAAAAACAAAUAAAAAUGUAUGAAAAAAGUGAGUUUCACGUGAACAAGUUUGUUUUCAAGUAAUAUACGGGGUAGUCGACAGCUCUUCUCUCACUUAAAUGUUGGUGUAGAACAAGAAACUAAUUUAGCGGAAUAUGUAAAUUCCCUUCGGGUGAAACUCACCAUACCUUUAAAAAUUACGAGCGAUCAAAAAUAUUCCGCUUGGAAAGCCUUUCACGUGAAACUCCCGAUAUGGCUGAUUAUUUCAAUUGAACCAAGCUGAAAAAGGUUAUCGGCGCCAAAACAUUCAAAUAAGCUAAAAAG